AUACCAAUUAGUGGAAACAAUAUCAGAAUUGGGCUGCCUGUGUAGACGUAGCCUAUAGCCAAUUUUUCUGUCAUGUUUGAAAAGUGGUGCCUUUAUAUGUUAGGGACAUCUUAUAGGCUUGGCCUGUGUAUGGUGUCAUUGUAGACCCCAUUUUUUUUGAAUAUUUGCUGUACAGGCUAACUUGUCACCUUCUCUUGAAUUAUAAAAUUUCUGGCUGGUAUUCUGACUGCAAGGAAGAGAAAGUUAGAUCUAAACAUAGCUAGAUGCGGUUACUUAUUAGGCAAUGGAAAUUUGACUGGAUAUAGCCUAAACCACUCUUAUAGUCUAUUUUCUGUUCACAUGUUUUUGUGACAACAGUCUGACCCUCUGCAUCCCAGCGUCAACUCCAUGACUGAUUCUGACAUGGAAAGGAGCUGUGAAUUGGUUUGUGGUUUAAACAUUCAAGAGGCGGUGGAGAAUGAAUGCCUCUGUCACCAGCAGCUGUCAGGAAAAACCUCAGUGCAUGUAGCAAAUCUUUUUUGCAGGGGAUGAGCUCAGGUCUGAUUAGCCUAUUACACGAGAUAAUAAAAAAAUGAAUGGAAAUUAGCUCAUAUGGAAUCAUAGGCUACAUGGCUACUAUAACAAACUCCUUUUUCUGCAGACAACUCUAGUUCCUUUAAAUUAGCAUCUAUAGAUUUAUACGGAGGAGGCAGCACUUAAGUAAAGUAUGUCACAUCAUCCGCAUGGAGUGUCUUAUUUUUGGACAUCUACCCAAACCCACUGAUACAUGACUUUUCAGUAAGUAGCUUAAAACAGUAUAGCCUAGCAAUGUAUAAAUGACAUGGUCGUUGAAGGUGCAAUGCUAUUUUGUGGAAUGAAGAGGCAUUUGUCAUUUAUGAAAAAGGCUUUUUAGGUCUAGAUGUGUUUGCAGUGUUUAAUAAUAAUGAAGUAGACUGUUGUACGAUAGAUCAUUUCUCACCUGACUGUAUUUUGUGUUUUGCAUGAUUAGUUUAUCAUUUCCAUAGCCUAGAGACAACUGAAAGAAGCAGGCAUUAUCUAGGCUAUGUCACGAGCUGCUGGACAGGGUUUAGGCUACCGUGUAACUUACUGAGAGGUGAUUGGAGGGAGCAGCGAUUUAGUUCCCUAUGUUUGUACAGUGCUCAGUCUGCUCCCACACACACCACAUAGACUGACACACCCGGCUCCAGUAUAUAAUAGUGCUGCUCAUUCACUUGCCAAUCCAGUCCGCUCACAUCCUGCUGCUCUCCCUCACUCACACAUCUACUGAAAGUGACUGAAGGCUACUUGAGAUUGUACCAGUUUCAUCUAUGGCAGGACCUAGGCCAGUGGUGCUGAGUGGCCCGUCGGGGGCUGGGAAGAGCACGCUGCUCAAAAAGCUGCUCAAGGAGUACGAGGGCAUCUUUGGCUUCAGCGUCUCACAUACAACAAGGAGCCCUCGUCCUGGUGAAGAGAAUGGUAAAGAUUAUCAUUAUGUUACAAGGGAGUAUAUGCAGGCCAGCAUCGACAAAGGGGAGUUCAUUGAGAGCGCAGUGUUUUCAGGAAACAUGUACGGGACGAGCAAGGCCUCCGUGCAGGCCGUCAAGGACAAGAACCUGAUCUGCGUCCUGGACAUCGACAUGCAGGGCGUGAGGGCGGUCAAGACGACAGACCUCAACCCCAUCUACGUCUUCAUCCAACCUCCGUCCAUGAACAUCCUGGAGAAACGUUUAAGAGACAGAAAGACUGAGUCAGAGGAGAGCCUCCAGAAACGUUUGCAUGCUGCUCAGGUGGACAUGGUGAUAAGCAAGGAUCCUGGAAUAUUUGACGUUGUCAUUGUCAAUGAUAGUCUUGACGAUGCCUAUGGGAAGUUGAAAGACGCUCUUAUUGAGGAAAUCAAAAAAGUCCAGAAAACCAACUUGUCUUCUUAGGCGACGAGAAGCCUGACAUCCAUCCCAGCCAUCCUGGCCACUCCUUACAAAAUGGCAGCCCCUCUAUUCCAAUCCUGGACAUUCCGUCAGAUACUGGUGUGGGAAGGAACUCCAGACAACUUCUCUCGACCCUAACCACAUAUGGUAGCCUCUUGAGUGUGCAGGAAGAUCUAGCUUAUGUUUUUACAUAUUUGGAAGAUAUAGAUAGGUAUUAAGAUGAUAAAAUACUGUAAAUAGAGGUAGAAGUGGACUAUUUUGCGGUAUUUACUCAUUUGGCACAAAGUUUUUUUUUUUUUUUUUCACAAGAAAAAUACUACAUUAAUGGUUAACCUGUGACUGAGAUGGUCCCUAAUAUUUUUUUCUUGUUUUAUUUUAUUAUGAAGGCGGGGGUUACUGCAUACAGGAGUUUCUGCCGCCAUGUUUUUUCUUCUGUCCAUUUACCAGUAUUAUAGCCUCAAAGCAUUAACUGUAUUCACUCUGCUCUUCAACAACAGAAGGCCAUAAUAACAAGACUCAUUCCCACUAAUGGCAGUGUUGUAGUACUCGAGACCACAUAUUGAGUGUCUCGGUCUUGUCUCAGUGUCGGAUACAUUUGUACUCGGUCUUAACUCAGUCUCAGACAGUGAGGACUCGUAAUUUCUUCGAGACCAGCGGAGUAAAAAACUCAUUAUCAGCUUCCAUUCAAUCAGCCCAUAAAACCGCCUCGCCAGGCCAAAUAUAUACACUCCUUUCUUGAAACAUGAAUAUCUUAACAGCCUUUAUAUCUGUUAUCGACAUGUUUGCUCAGUGGCGAACCUAUAGCCUUCAGUGUGUGACAGGUCCGUGAUUCUGAAAGGACAGCAACCAUAAUACCAGCGCACUCAUGUAGGAG